AUGGAUAAUGUUCCCUUUGGACAACCGUGGGCGCAGCAGCCCGGGGGCUUACCGGCUUCGCGCGAGCAGCGUAGAACAAAAAGGCAGUCAUUGCAACAGGAGCAGCCACUGCUACUGGAGCAGCAUGGUGAACCUCAAUGGCAGCAAUCCGCUGCGUCGUCCAACCACCCCAAGCUACCCGAUACCCCUUCACCAAAACCAUUUCCCUCCAUGUCUCCAUCGAUAUCACCCACGCCAGGGAGAAUGUUGGGCCGGCCGGCACCUCUCCACUCCAUGCACUAUCCUCUGAGCUCUGACUCAAGCCAUACUAACGAUUUACCUCUUAUGUUUAGCGCACAACACCAGUACCAGCAACAUUUAAGCACCCGUCGCAAUGACCAACCCAUUGACUUCCGCUACGGCCAGCAGCCACCCCAGGCCCCAGGCCAGCAACACCAUACUGGUCCAGGCCAGCCGCCGUUGAACGUGCAGCCGCAGCAUAGCGCACCUCAUGCCGCCCAUCCUGGCCAGCAGCACCAGCAGCAACCUCCACAGUCGCAACAGCCUCAGCAGCAUCAACAAGCCCCGCCGCCCUCGCAACAGCAGCCAGCCACUGCAGCGGUCCCGGCCCCGGCACCGACACCGGUGGCACAGCGCGCACGUAAGCGGCCGAAUCCGGCUACUGCACAGCCUCCGUCUGCCGCGGCUUCCGCAACCUCGGCCUCUCCCAUCAUUCCUCCUCCGAUCCCCACACCGACUGUCCCUAACAAUACAGUGUCUGCGGUCCCGCCUCCGGCCAUUCCUGCGGGCGCACCCUUGACAAAGCCCCCCACGCCCGCUUCGGCAUCAGCUACCGGAACGCCUAUCAAGUUUGCGGCCCAGGCCGAACCUGGAAGUGUUCCGACACCGCCAGCAAAGAAAAGUCGCACAAACACGCCCUGGACACCAGCGGAGGAGCAUCGGCUCAAGCAAAUGCGUGAUGCGGGGAGCUCGUGGGCAGAAAUUGCCAAGACUUUCCCGACACGUACAGAAGGCAGUGUCAAGAAGCACUGGUACAAGGAUAUGCACUACGCAGAAUUCGCCGAGGACGAAAGCCAAGCGCUUCUGAAUGCUAUCAAGGAGUACGAGAAUCAAAAGUGGAAGGUGAUCGGCCAGAAGGUUGGCAAGCCCGCCAAGGGCCUUGCCUGGUCUGUCAAUAUCGAGAUGCAUGCUGACUCCGAAUACGUUCAGGCUUGCGAACAAUACGCCAAAGAGCACUUUGCCGACCAGAUUCUCUCCGCGGGAAAGAGGUAG